AUGGCUUUGAUAUUGUGUGGAGUUCGGGCUGCUCGCAAUCUUCAUUCACCACUUCUUCAUAAUAUUCUGCGAUCUCCAAUGUUAUUUUUCGAUACAACUCCGAUAGGUCGAAUUUUGAAUCGACUUGGAAAGGAUAUCGAUGUAAUCGACCAAUUACUGCCACUAAAUUUUCGUUAUUUUAUGAUGUGUAUAAAAUUUUUCGUUCCAACAUCAAGGCAAAUGAAACGGUUGGAAAGCAUCCAUCGAUCACCAAUUUAUUCACAUUUUGGUGAAACUAUUCAAGGUUCUGUAUCGAUUCGAGCCUAUAAUCAGGUCGACAGAUUUUGCGAAAUAUCUCAAGACUGCGUUGAUACUUACAUUCGAGUUAAAUAUCUUAACCUGAUAUCAUUUCGAUGGUUAGCUGUGCGACUAGAGUUCAUUGGCAAUUGUGUUAUACUUUUCACCUCUCUUUUCGCAGUUUUAUCACAAAACUGGGGAAUGGCGAUAACGGCCGGUAUUGCUGGUCUCAGUAUAUCGUGUUCGCUUAAUGUAACAGAAGCAUUGAACUUUGCGGUGCGGCAAAUUAGUGAAUUGGAAUCCAAUAUCGUCGCUGUUGAGCGAGUAAAAGAAUAUGCUGAAGUAGUUACUGAGGCUGAGUGGCGAAUUCCUAAUUGCAUAAAAGAAAAAGGUUGGCCAAAUUAUGGCUCUAUUGAAUUUCACAACUAUUCAACUCGUUAUCGACCUGACCUUGACUUAGUUAUCGAAAAAAUGAAUGCCAAAAUUUACCCAGCAGAGAAAGUUGGCAUUGUUGGGAGGACGGGUGCAGGAAAGUCUUCCCUUACUUUAGCUUUGUUUCGAAUGAUUGAACCUACUGAAGGGCAAAUCCUAAUUGAUCAGCUGAGCAUUACUGAUCUUGGAUUACAUGAUUUACGUUCCAAUCUCACUAUAAUACCACAGUUGAAAUCGCAUUCUUUAAACAAAACUCUAACCAAUGAUGUUCUUCAGGAACCCGUCCUCUUUUCUGGAACUCUCCGCUUCAAUUUAGAUCCUUUUCAAGAAUAUGAAGAUAAUCAAAUUUGGCAGGCAUUGCACUUAUCGCAUCUUAAAAGCUUUACUGAUGGAUUAACAGAUGGUUUAAAUUUCACGCUUACUGAAGGAGGUGAAAAUAUGAGCGUUGGGCAACGUCAACUUGUUUGCUUGGCUCGAGCUUUACUGCGGAAGAGCAAAGUUUUGAUUUUGGAUGAAGCCACGGCGGCUGUGGAUUUACUUACCGAUAAUCUUAUUCAGGAUACCAUUCGCCGAGAAUUCAAAUCAUCCACAGUUGUAACUAUUGCACAUCGACUUAAUACAAUUAUGGAUUAUGAUAGAGUGAUGGUAUUAGAAAAAGGUCGAAUUAAAGAAUUUGACGCACCACAAGUUCUUCUUUCCGAUCAUUCAUCAAUGUUUUACGCUAUGGCUUUAGAUGCUAAACUUAUCGAAUAA